AUGACUUUGAGCAACAAGGCCGGCUCUGCGAAUCUUCACGGCGGCGUCAAGUCGAUGUGCGACGAGUGCGAGAAAAUCUCUGACAACAACGGCGGUGGGGGCCUGGAUCCGCCCGCAUUUAGCCCCGAAGCGUACGAGGCUUCGCGCAAGAUGGACGAACGGUUCAGACUUAACAUGCGUGGUGCCGGGACCAGUGGCGUCAGCUCCGUGGAGGGGGGGGGUGGCGCAGCCGCCGCUACUUCAGACGACGCGAGCGAUGAGAUACCGGAUUUGGUGUCGGAGGAAGAAUGA